AUGGAGGUUGCCCGCGCCGCGCGCUUUCUGCUCGCGGUGUGCGUCUGCCUGGCGCUGCUGCCGCGGGCCGCGCCCGUGUGUCCGGAGCGCUGCGACUGCCAGCACUCCCAGCACCUCCUGUGCACCAACCGGGGACUGCGCGCCGUGCCCAAGACCAGCUCGCUGCCGAGCCCCCAGGACGUGCUCACCUACAGCCUCGGCGGCAACUUCAUAACCAACAUCAGCGCCUUCGACUUCCAUCGCCUGGGGCAGCUCAGGCGCUUGGACCUGCAGUACAACCAGAUCCGCUCCCUGCACCCAAAGACCUUCGAGAAGCUCUCGCGGCUGGAGGAGCUCUACCUGGGCAACAACCUCCUGCAGGCGCUCGCCCCGGGCACGCUGGCGCCGCUGCGCAAGCUCAGGAUCCUCUACGUCAACGGCAACGAGAUCGGCCGCCUGAGCCGCGGCUCCUUCGAGGGCCUCGAGAGUCUGGUCAAGCUGCGGCUGGACGGUAACGCUCUCGGAGCGCUACCCGACGCCGUCUUCGCCCCGCUGGGCAAUCUGCUCUACCUGCACCUGGAAGCCAACCGCAUCCGCGUGCUGGGCAAGAACGCCUUCGCGCAGCUGGGCAAGCUGCGCUUCCUCAACCUCUCCGCCAACGAGCUGCAGCCCUCGCUGCGCCACGCUGCCACCUUCGCGCCACUGCGCUCGCUCACCACCCUCAUCCUCUCAGCCAACGGUCUGCAGCACCUGGGCCCCCGCGUGUUCCAGCACCUGCCCCGCCUCGGGCUGCUCUCGCUCCGGGACAACCAACUCACACACCUGGCGCCAGACGCCUUCUGGGGCUUGGACGCCCUGCGCGAAUUGCGCCUAGAGGGCAACCGCCUGAGCCAGCUGCCUGUGGCGCUGCUGGACCCUCUGCGCAGCCUAGAGGCCCUGGACCUGAGCCACAAUGAGCUGUCCGCGCUGCAUCCCGCCACCUUCGGCCACCUGGGUCGCCUGCGCGAGCUCAGCCUGCGCGACAACGCACUCAGCGCCCUCUCGGGCGACAUCUUCGCCGCCAGCCCGGCCCUCUACCGUCUGGAUCUGGACGGCAACGGCUGGACUUGCGACUGCCGCCUGCGGGGCCUCAAGCGCUGGAUGGGUGACUGGCACUCGCAGGGCCGGCUGCUCACCGUCUUCGUGCAGUGCCGCCACCCGCCAGCCCUGCGGGGCAAGUAUUUGGAUUACUUGGAUGACCAGCAGCUGCAGAACGGGUCUUGCGCGCUGCCCCUGCCCUCGGCGGCUUCCCCGACCGCCUCCCGGCUCCCAGCCACAGCCGCGGGGCAGGAACCGACGCCCUCUGCAGGGAGUCUCACCGAGAUGCUGCCACCGCAGCCCCAGCAGCGAGGGCGGCUUUUAGCCGGCCUGGCCUCGGACGUGGCCGCCAGGGAGCUGGCGAGCAACCGCAGCGCUCUACGCAUGAGCCGCCGGGGCCCGAUCCUCCAGCGGCCGGGCCCCUCUACCGUCUCGGGCUCCGCGCCACGCGUGCUACAGGACCCGCAGGAGAAGCCCGAGCGGGGCGACCCCGCCCGUGCAUUGCCCACCGCGACGACCUUGCCGGCUGGCUACCCCCGGCAGCACACGGCGAAGCAGCAGCGCCUGGCUGCCGGCCAGUCGGAGCUCCCUCCGCUGGUGUCCGACCCGUGCGACUUCAACAAGUUCAUCCUAUGCAACCUGACGGUGGAGGCGGUGGGCGCAGACAGCGCCUCGGUGCGCUGGGCCGUGCGCGACCACCGUAGCCCCCGGCCACUGGGCGGCGCGCGCUUCCGCCUGCUCUUCGACCGCUUCGGCCAGCAGCCCAAAUUCCACCGCUUCGUCUACCUGCCCGAGCGCAGCGACUCGGCCACGCUGCGCGAGCUGCGCGGGGACACGCCGUACCUGGUGUGCGUGGAGGGCGUGCUCGGAGGCCGGGUCUGCCCCGUGGCUCCCAGGGACCACUGCGCGGGGCUGGUUACCUUGCCCGAGAGCGGGAGCCGCAGUGGGGCCAGCGGCAGCGUGGACUACCAACUGCUGACCUUGGGCCUGCUGGCAGUCAAUGCGCUGCUGGUGCUCCUGGCCCUGGCGACCUGGGCAUCGCGCUGGCUGCGGAGGAAGCUGCGGGCCCGGCGGAAAGGCGGGGCGCCGGUGCACGUGCGCCACAUGUACUCCACACGCCGACCACUGCGCUCCAUGGGCACCGGCGUGUCGGCCGACUUCUCGGGCUUCCAGUCGCACCGGCCACGCGCCACCGUGUGCGCGCUCAGCGAGGCCGACCUCAUCGAGUUCCCCUGUGAUCGCUUCAUGGACAGCGUGGGUGCGGGAGCUAGCGGCAGCCUGAGACGGGAAGACCACUUGCUGCAGCGUUUUGCUGACUAG